GUAUUCACGUCCGCUUCCACAUGGUGCACUUGCAGCUGAUUUUUAUUUAUAUUGUGGUGCUCGCAAAUGUCAAGUCCUAAUACUCAACCAACAUAGGUAAAGCGCUUUUUUCAAAUACUUCCCAUGAUGCAAAUGUCAAAAGGAUUUCAUUUUCACUUUCACAUUCGUUGAAAGUGCUCCUUUUGCCGUCCCCAAUCACAUACAGCUGGAUUUUUUGAACAGAUCGGGGAUUCUAACUAAAAUCUAACACUGGACCGCCAUGAUGCGUUUUGUUCUGUUCGUGAGUCUCUUGGUCCUGCUGCCCACUCACUUGUGGGCUACAGUCACUGAUGUAAAUGAAGAGCCCACAUCAUUUCCCACAUCAUCCAACGGAGAACCAUUUCCCUGGAACAGAAUGAGAUUACCUGACACGGUUACCCCCCUUCAUUACAAUCUUCUUAUCCACCCCAACCUCACCACUUUAGACUUCACAGGAUUUGUGCAGAUCAAAAUUGAGGUCCAUCAAGACACCAAGACCAUCAUAUUGCACAGCAAGGAUAUUCAGAUCUCAAAUGCAAGGCUUCUUAAUACAGACAGGGGUCACGUACAGCCCCUAAAAGUGCUAGAGUACCCUUUCUACCAGCAGAUUGCUCUUAUAUCUCAUGAUUUAUUAAAGACCGGCAAUGUUUAUGUAAUUCAGCUGAUGUUUGCCGCCAACCUUUCUGAGAGCUUCCAUGGAUUUUACAAGAGCACAUACCGCACCAGCAAGGGAGAAACUAGGGUCGUGGCGUCCACCCAGUUUGAGCCAACCAGUGCCCGAGUAGCCUUUCCCUGUUUUGAUGAACCUGCUUUCAAAGCCAAUUUUUCUGUGCGGAUUCGCAGAGAAGCAGAGCACAUUUCACUCUCAAACAUGCCUAAGCUAAGAACAUUAGAGCUUCCACAUGGUCUGUUUGAGGACCAGUUUGAUGAGACUGUAAAGAUGAGCACAUACUUGGUGGCUUUCAUUGUCUCAGACUUUCUCUCAAUUAGCAAGACCAGUCAGAAUGGAGUCCAGAUUUCAGUGUAUGCAGUGCCAGAGAAGAUAGACCAAGCAGAGUUUGCCCUGGAUGCUGCAGUGAGGCUGCUUGACUUCUAUGAUGACUACUUUGAUAUUCCCUACCCUCUGCCCAAACAGGACCUUGCAGCAAUCCCAGACUUCCAGUCAGGAGCGAUGGAGAAUUGGGGUCUGACCACGUAUCGUGAAUCAGGUCUUCUCUUCGAUCCAGAAAAAUCCUCUGCUUCAGACAAGCUGGGCAUCACUAUGAUCAUCGCUCAUGAACUGGCCCAUCAGUGGUUUGGUAACCUGGUGACCAUGCAGUGGUGGAAUGAUCUGUGGCUGAAUGAAGGUUUUGCCAAGUUCAUGGAGUUUAUAUCUGUUAACAUCACCAAUCCUGAACUGCAAGUUGAGGAUUAUUUCAUGGCGAAGUGCUUUGAGGCUAUGGAGGUAGAUGCUUUAAGCUCCUCUCAUCCGGUGUCCACGCCGGUUGAGAACCCAGCUCAGAUACAGGAGAUGUUUGAUGAUGUAUCAUAUGAUAAGGGGGCUUGUAUCCUGAACAUGCUGAGAGAGUUUCUCACCCCAGAAGCUUUUAAAUCAGGAAUUGUUAGAUACCUGAAACGCCACAGCUACAAGAACACAGUCAACAGUGAUCUGUGGGAAAGUCUGACCAAUGUCUGCGAGUCUGAUGGUUUGGAUGAGACCAGACUGAAGGGUGAUAAGUCUUGUCGACGGAGUGGCUCAAACUCGGGAGCCUCUAAAUGGCAGUCUGAGGAUGAGCUGGAUGUCAAGGCAUUGAUGGAGACUUGGACAUUGCAGGAGGGCUUUCCAAUUGUUACUGUGGCGGUCCAAGGUCGUGAAGUCAGACUCAGUCAGGAGCGUUACCUUAAGAGCGAUGACCUUACUCAGACGUCUAGCUUCCUUUGGCAAGUUCCAUUGACUUACAUUACCAGCGGCUCAACCACAGUGCAGCGCUUCCUGCUUAAGACCAAGACAGAUGUGCUGUAUCUGCCAGAGGAGGUGGACUGGAUCAAGUUUAACGUGGACAUGAGUGGAUAUUACAUCGUACAUUACGAAGGUUCUGGUUGGGAUGAUCUCAUCACGCUGCUCAAACACGAUCACACAACGCUCACAAGUAAUGAUCGGGCCAGUCUGAUAAACACUGCCUUCCAGCUGGUCAGUGUUGGUAAGCUCCCGUUGGAUAAGGCUUUAGAUCUGACCCUGUAUCUGAGCAAGGAGACGGAGAUUAUGCCAGUGACCCAGGGCUUCAGUGAACUUGUGCCUCUCUACAAACUGAUGGAGAAAAGAGACAUGGUGGAGCUGGAUAACCAGAUGAAGGGUUACAUUCUGCAGUUGUUCAGGAAUCUCAUAGACCAGCAGUCGUGGACGGAUGAUGGCUCUGUGUCUCAAAGGAUGUUGAGGAGCUACCUUCUCUUGUUUGCCUGCGUGCGUGGUCAUCCACCUUGUGUUCGCACCGCUACCCAGCUCUUCAACAAGUGGAAGGAGUCAGAUGGAAAAAUGAGUCUUCCCAAUGAUGUCACCAUGGCUGUGUUUUCGGUCGGCGCCCGGACUGAGGAGGGUUGGGACUUCUUGUUUGAGAAGUACAAGGAGUCUAUGUACAUCUCCAUAAAAAGCAGGAUCAAAAUGGCACUCACGACCAGUUCUCUAGAUCACAAGUUAAAAUGGAUGAUGGAACAGAGUCUGGUGGGAGAGCUGAUAAAAACUCAAGAUCUGCCGUAUGUUGUGACUUCGGUCAGUAAGAAUCCUAAAGCCUUCAAACACGCAUGGGACUUUUUGAAAGCCAAUUGGGACUCCCUGAUUAAGAAGUUUGAUCUUGGCUCACACUCAAUAGCUCACAUGGUAGUAGGCGUGACCAAUCAGUAUUCAACCAGAGAAAUGCUGGCUGAGGCUCGGGGUUUCUUUGGUUCCCUUCGGGCUGAAACGGGAGCAGAACUGAGGUGCAUACAGCAGGCUGUAGAAAACAUUGAAGAGAACAUUCGCUGGAUGGACAAGAACCUUCCACUACUGCAGGCCUGGCUGCACAGACACUUUGAACAGCUCAAAAAUACAGAGUUUUGAAGGUUAUUACACAUAAGCUAGUCAUAGCUGGGCCAUAGGUGUAUAAAUUUGAUCUGUUUGAAGUCUAAAUUUUUGUGCCUGUUGUUGGUGGGUUGCUAGUGUGUGAAGUUUCAAUUUUUGAAAUAUUGGGUAAAUUAGUUUGGAAUAAAAGUAGAACAUAUUUUAUGGUCAAAUUCAGUCCCCAGGCAAUUUUUCUAUUUUUUAUUUCAUUGGAAAGAUAUUUUUUGUCCUUAAAAUAAAAACGUUUUAAUUGACUAGAAAUUA